UGUUUUGGACUCUGGUUCUGUGGGUUGAGCAGCUCUCUGCUUAGCUUCUCUUGGAGGACGAUUAAAUCAACGGUUUACUCAACAUUUAUGAAAGGAAGCUGCUGCGCCUUAAUGCUGAUUAAAAAAAGAGAGGCAAAGCUGAAAAAUGACCCGGGGACAUGCCUUCUCAACCGUGGCCACCGUGCUCCAGAUGUGGGUGAGCUUGUGCUUGCUCUCAGCUGCCAUCUGCCAGUCAACAAAUUUCUCAUCAAAGAGAGGUCGUAAUUUCACCAUCCAUUCCUCCCAGCUGCUUUGCAGUCUGCCUGGCCCAGCGGGGCCGCCGGGACACCCAGGAGCUCCUGGACCCCCUGGCUCCAUGGGCCCUAUGGGUCGGCCAGGGUUGGAUGGUCCAGACGGAAACGAUGGAGAAAAGGGGGAAAAGGGAGAUGCAGGUGAUCCGGGGAGAACCGGGAACCCUGGCAAGCCAGGCGUGAAAGGCCGGGACGGCGCUUUUGGUAAGGCGGGACCUCGGGGUCUGAAGGGGGCGCGUGGAGCACCAGGCGUGGCAGGAGGACAGGGACAGAAAGGAGAGCUGGGUGACGGGGGCCAACAAGGAGCUCCUGGUGGCUGUAACUGCGGCACUGCGGCUCGGUCGGCCUUCUCCGUUGCCGUGACAAAGAGUUAUCCAAAGGAGCGACUGCCAAUCCGUUUCAGCCGGAUCCUGCUGAACGAAGGGAAUCACUACAACGCCAGCAGCGGCAAGUUUGUCUGUGAGAUCCCUGGGGUGUAUUAUUUCACCUACGACAUAACGCUGGCCAACAAGCACCUGGCUAUAGGUCUGGUGCAUAACGGUCAGUACAAGAUCAAGACAUUUGACGCCAACACGGGGAACCAUGACGUGGCGUCGGGCUCCACUAUUCUCCAACUGAAGCAGUCAGACCAGGUGUGGCUGCAGAUCUUCUACUCAGAGCAGAACGGACUCUUCUUUGACCCCUUCUGGACAGACAGCACCUUCACUGGGUUUCUGAUUUACGCUGACCAGGAGUUUCUCAGUGAGGCGGAUCAAAAGGCAAACGCUCAGGACGACAGUUGACAUUGUGAUGCAUUAAGCCAGUUUUUAUCAGCUGACUUGUGAUAGGUGAAAAUAAAGCACCUCACAAUUACUAACUGCACUUGUAAAAGAGAUGUUGACACCAGGGGGCGCACAAGUAAAGAAAAAAAAGGAAUGAAUGAGGAGAAAACAAAGGUUUUGUGACUGCAAUAGUAAAG